AUGUCGUCCUCACAAGCCUACCAAAUCCCCAGCCAGUCCAGCGGCUUCGCGACCGGCUACGCCGCGGGCGAAGGCUCCACGGGCCCGACCGUCCAGUACGUCUGCGGCGAGUGCAACACGAAAGUCAGCCUGGGGAGAGGCGAUGUCAUCCGGUGUAGCAUGUGUGGGCACAGAGUGCUCUACAAGGAGAGAACUAAGCGCGGCUGCGAUGAGAAACAAACGAUGCGGACGGAGGAUGCAGACGCAGACGCGAUGAACAAUGAAUUGGGUUCAUGA